AAUAUUUUAAGAAAUGCUAUAUAAUUUCUGUUGUUUUGCCAAAUUGAAUAAUAGUCCAAACAGGAAGAGGAGGUUCUGAGCUGCAUAUAACCUAAGUGAAAAUAUGAGACACUAGUCACUGAGCUUUAAGCAUCAGUAAUGGAGGUCACACAUCUUUGGGUCCAAAUCUUAAAUACUAUUUUAGUCUUGCUUGUGACCCAGCCUGCAUCGAGUUACACUGUUCAGACACCUGAUUUCCCUGUCGUUUCUCCAGACAGACUUCAGUUCUUUGAAUAUGAGAAAGUCUCUGUAAAUUGUGGUAGAGAAGAAGACGUUAAUGCAUGGAGAGUGAUGAGAAAACUUCAUAAAAUAAGUCAAGCAAAUAUUUCUCAAGACUGCAGCACCCCAGUUCCAUCCUGUACAAUUCAACAUACUUUCAAAAGACACAGUGGAGAAUACUGGUGUGAAAAUGAUAAAGGAGAAAGGAGCCGUGCUGUCAGUAUUUCUGUUACAGCUGGUUUAGUGAUCCUGGAUGUUCCAGCUCAACCAGUGAAGGAAGGAUCUGAUGUGACUCUUCAUUGUAUAAACAAGAACACAGAGAAGACACACAUAAGUGAUUUCUACAAAGAUGGCAAAUACAUUGAAACUUUCUAUAAAGAGGGUAUGACCCUCUCCAAGGUCUCCAAGACAGAUGAAGGAUUUUACAAGUGCAAAAUAUCUAGUGCAGGAGAAUCACCUGAAAGCUGGCUGGCUAUUGUCAAACCAGGAGAGGAGGAAGGAUCGGAUGAAGAGACAAAACCAGAUCUGCCGCUUAUAUUCAUCAUAUCACUGGUCACCUUUUUAUCACUCCUGUUUCUGGUGAUCGGACUGAUUCUCUGCAAAAAGCACAAAGCCCUGACAAAUGAAACUGUCACAGAUACAAAGAAAAUAACUUAUGCUGCUGUUAACAAACCCAGGAAGAAGAAUGGAGGAGAUUCUGGAAAUACACCAGAUGAUGUCACGUAUGCUGCUGUUCAGAUAAAGAAGACAGGGUCAAAGAGCUCCUCGACCAGUCAGCAAUAUUCAUCAGAACAGAAUUCAACCUACUCUGUAGUUGCCUUUAAAAGGGGAGAUUUAAGUUAGUUACCUCAUACGGCUAAACUCAGCUCUGUCUCUGUGUAUGCUACUACAAACAUUGCUAAAAGCCCUACCAGUUUUUUUGUUUGUUUUUUAACUCAAAACCAAGAAGGACAGAGAGAUGAUGGCUAUGGAACAUCAAAAACCUAAACUAAGUAUACUUUUUGUAGACUUUGUGUUCAUAUUCAUCUUUUUUUGGAGGGGGCAUAUGGUAUUGUCUAUUGUUGAUGAUCAUCUUCCCUGGUUUUCAGGUGUCUGGUUUUGCUUUCUAAUUCAGCAGAGCUGC